AUGGGGCGAAGCCAGUCUGAGGUUCGCAGGCCCACGGACUGUUUGCCCAGCGCUUCCCAGCUCAGUGCAUCUGUGCCUUCGGCAGCUGGCACGCACCAGCCCAUUCAGCAGCAACCCCUCUCUCUCCCAGCCUCUACUUCUGCCAUCGACCAGGAGCAGCCCCCCAAGCACCACCUGCUCCAGAUUCCACCCCUCCAGAAAGUGCAUCCAGCCCUGAAGCAGCCGGCGAGAGUUACGAGUGCUCCUUUCCCUACUGGUGAAUCUCCAGGGAAAGGCUCCAACAAUUCAGCUUGCGACAUCCAGGACGACCUCUUAGCAGUGACUCUGCCGGUGGUGUAUCCCAUCAUCUCCAUCCUGGGCUUCUUCUUCAACACGCUGGCCCUCUGGGUGUUCCAUUUUGGCACCCAGAAGACAAACUCCAUCACCGUAUACAUGAAGAACCUGGCCCUGACAGACCUCCUCCUUGCCCUCUGCCUGCCUUUCCGGGCAGUAUACCAGAACCAGAGCGGCCCUGCCACGUUCUGCAAGGUGGUCGGCUGCAUCUUCUACCUUACCAUGUACGUCAGCAUCUGGCUGCUCAGCCUGAUCAGCCUGGAUCGCUACCUGAAGAUCAUCUGGCCCCUCCAACAGUUCCGGAUCCACACGGUGAAUCACAGCGCGGCUGCUUCGGGAGUGGUGUGGCUGGUCUGCGGCGCCAUGAUGCUUCCUUUCUUGUUCAGCGUCAGCAAGGAGGAGUCCUGUUCCCACAAAUGCUUCCACUUCAAGUACAGAAGUUCACUGGUGGCAGCACUCAACCUGACCGCAGUAGCCACUUUCUUUGUCUUGCUGGGGUUUUUCCUCUACUCUUAUGGCAAGAUCUCUCUCAAGCUCCGAAGGGUCUCCUUGAGGAAAACGCAGCAGCAGAGCAAGAAGACCAGCGCCCGAGCCGUAUCCAAGACCUUUGUGGUCCUUGCCAUUUUCAUAAUAUGCUUCGCCCCUUACCAUGUGGUCCGAGUGCCCUAUGUUCUUGCCCAGCUAAAGGUCAUCUGUGAUCCAGGGAGCGUGCAAGCCCUGCACCUUGCCAAUGAGCUGGCCCUCUGCAUCUCGGCCCUCAACUGCUGCUUCGACCCGGUGAUUUUCUUCUUCCUCUCCAGCAAUUUCAAGAGAGCAAUGCUGGCCGCCCUGCGCGGGAAACUGAAAGCAGCAUUCCAGAGGAACGAGGGAGUCUUAAACGCUAGAAAAUCCAUCACAGACUCUCGAGUCCACAGAUCCGAGUUACAGAUCGAGGAGGGACCUCUGGAGACGCAGUGA